AGCGAGAUAUUCUUGGGAAUAUCAUCUUUUUCUAUUUAUUAUUUGGCGAUACUUAAUCAAAUUGGAAAGCAUGGAUUCGCAACGCGAAAGAUUGAAUUGAAAUAGGAUUAAUUUCUCAAAGUUAUGCCAUAUAUAAUAUAUAAAUAUUUCAAGGAUUUCAUUAGAUGAUACUUUUACAUAUUGUUUACGUUAAGCGAGCCACAAGCGAUGCAAAAAUUUCUGACUUAAGCUGCAGUCGUGCGUCACGAUGAAAUCCGUUGGCGGUUUCCGAGAAUUUUUGAGUCGAGGCUGUCCUGGCCUGUCGUCUUGAGUGAUACACGCGAAGGUUUUUUUUCACAAAACAGCGAUCUCGAGGCAUGGCCUUAUUGAGUAAAUACCACAAUACGGAGUACAUUGGCGUUACGCGACAGUUAACAUAAAAUUAACGUAAUGAGUCUGUAUCGGACAGUUAAAGCACAAACCGAUAUCAAUAUUUGUCAAGCAUCUACUUCUCUUCGCAAUCAUUAGCGUGACACAGUUGAAAACAAUUGUGAUUUAUCACAUAGAUGCCGAAAAAUAAAGAAAAUAGCAAGCGAAAGAAGCAAAUGGAGGACGAGGGCGACGAGGAUUAUCGAAAGCGGCGGGAUCGGAAUAACCAGGCUGUGAAACGAUCGAGAGUGAAGAGUAAAUUACGUACGCAACAAACCUUGGAACGAGUAAAUCAACUGAAAACGGAAAACGAAUUGUUGGAAGAGAAAAUUAAAAUGCUCACCAAGGAGCUUGGGUUUCUCAAGGAUCUUUUUAUUGCACACGCAGAUUUUAUUGUUUUAUUUUUAGGAGGUUCCGGUCAACAGUCGAUGAAUAUUCAAGAUUUAGAUCUGAAUUCUCUCCUGGCGGAAGAAAAACCGACGGAAGAAUCAUCGGUUAUAAAGACGUCAGUUAUCAAGUCGACUACCAAGCUGUAAACCUAUGCGAGCUCCACGUGAAGAAAUCAGCGUGGUAUUAAAUUUGAAAAACGCGAGACAGUAUUUUGUCUUUGACUCGCUCAAUCAAAACAGAGCAAGUGGACAUCUUGGAAAGAUGUUGACUUGAAAUUCAUUGAAAAAGAUUCUAGAUGCGAAGAGCGUUUUCCGAAGACGGAUUUUUCAAGUUGCAGUGCAUCGUCAGUGAAUUAUCGUCAGUUAAAUUUACAACUUGUCGAAAACUGAUGAAGACGAGAGUGAUGCAACUGUCGCAUACAACUCGCAAUAAAUUUGAAUACGAAAGUAUUCAUUUUAAUUGUUAGCCAGUGGAGAAAAAGUAAUGUAAACGGUACACGACAAAAAUAUCACCAAUAUGUACAUGUUGCAGAUAUUAGAGCAUUAUACAUAUGUCACACGUAUUUUGCGAUCGUAUUUUGUACUAACGUACUGUUCGCGCGAGAUGUGGCUUUUACUGUGAGAUGUUAUUUACAUAUACAUAUGGAAAUAACAAAAGGGGAAUUUUCUUUUAAACAUUUAUA